GUGAGACUUGCGACGACAAGGAACUGUACUAACAACACAGCAAGCAGAAUGAAGUUCCUCAAGGUCGGCCGAGUGGCCAUCAUCUCCCGUGGACGCUACGCAGGAAAGAAGGUUGUCAUCAUCCAGCCUCAGGACAACGGUAGCAAGGCCCACCCCUUCCCUCACGCCCUCGUCGCCGGCAUCGAGCGAUACCCGCAACAAAUCACCCGCCGCAUGUCCAAGGCCCGCCAGACAAAGCGCAGCAAGGUGAAGCCAUUCAUCAAGGUCAUCAACUACAACCACCUGAUGCCCACCCGUUACACGCUCGAAUUGGAGGGUCUGAAGGGUGUUGUGACCAACGAGACUUUCACCGAGGUCACUCAGCGUGAGGAGGCCAAGAAGACUGUGAAGAAGGCAUUGGAGGAGCGUUACUCGAGCGGCAAGAACAGAUGGUUCUUCACUCCUCUCCGUUUCUAGAUACGAAUCGCUUCGCGCGUAGAAACGGAUGGAUGGGGUUGUUGUGUGUGUUGUGCAUUGAGCAUCGGGCGUUAUGGACUGCCGAAAGCAGCCAGGGCGGGAAAUGACCACGACCUAUGCAGUUUAGAUACCUGCAAUUGACUCGAAAGAAACAGCCAACAACCAAAACACAUAUACCCAUACAUAUUCCGGUUCAUCCUGAUGCUGGACGGAUUCCUAGUGUAUGUGGCUCCAGAGUUUAGACUCUAGAAUGCCUGGUAUACUCUGCACUUCAUUGUCGCAAGUAAAAUUAUGAUGAUGAUGAGCAGAGUCGUGGGGGUCAAUCGAGAUGCAGACGCCAAAUCCAGUGCCGCCAAUUCCACGAGCCGACAGCAUGGGACGACCUCUUUCCUUCGCUCCUUCCUAAUCCAAUCGACUCGACCAAUUUCUCACCAGUGAACACAGCAUCU